AUGUCUCCUUUGAUCAUCCAACGGCCCGACUCCUCAAUAGAACUGAGACAUACUCCUUCGCUAGCUUCAGUAACUGAGAGUUAUGACGAUACGCUCCGAUUUUACCUCAAUGGAAUCAAAGUCGUGCUGGAAAAUCCCGAUCCUGAGGUUACACUGUUGGAAUAUCUGAGGGGCGUUGGACUUACGGGGACGAAACUGGGAUGCGCUGAAGGGGGAUGUGGUGCUUGUACAGUGGUUAUUUCACAACUUAAUCAGACAACGAAACAGAUAUAUCAUGCAUCUGUCAAUGCUUGUCUCGCACCGCUCGUUAGCGUGGAUGGGAAACAUGUCAUCACCGUGGAGGGUAUAGGAGAUGUGAAAAGCCCGCAUGCGGUUCAGCAAAGAAUGGCUGUUGGAAACGGUAGCCAGUGUGGGUUUUGUACUCCCGGUAUUGUCAUGAGUCUAUAUGCACUGCUCCGUAACGACCCUGUGCCUUCAGAGUUUGCGAUUGAAGAAGCAUUCGAUGGCAACCUUUGCCGCUGCACAGGAUACCGCUCUAUCCUCGAUGUCGCGCAAUCGUUUUCUUGUGGCAAAGCAACCGCAAAUGGCGGUUCAGGCUGCUGCAUGGAAAAAAUUUCAGGAGGUGACUGUAAAGAUAGGAUGGUUGCGGACGGUACAACCACCGCCGAGAGAACGUUCGAUUCGCCAGAUUUCAUCCCCUACAGUCCUGGUAGUGAAUUAAUUUUCCCACCUUCAUUGCAUAAAUUUGAGUUCAAACCGUUGACCUUUGGAAACAAGAAAAAACGGUGGUAUCGCCCUGUUACCCUGCAACAAUUGCUGGAAAUUAAGGAUGCUUGUCCGUCUGCCAAGAUUAUAGGUGGCAGCACCGAGACGCAAAUUGAGACCAAGUUCAAAGCUAUGAAAUACGUCGAUUCAAUAUAUGUCGGAGAUAUCCCGGAGUUGAAACAGUACGCUAUGACGGACGAUUACUUGGAAUUGGGGGCAAAUGUUUCCUUGACGGAUUUGGAGACUAUAUGCGACGAAGCGGUUAAGAGGUAUGGUCCGAUUAAGGGUCAGGCGUUUGUCGCAAUCAAGAAGCAAAUCAGGUACUUUGCUGGAAGGCAGAUUCGGAAUGUUGCGUCGCCUGCGGGAAAUAUAGUGACUGCUUCACCGAUAUCCGACCUAAAUCCAGUGUUUGUUGCUACCAACACGGUCCUGGUUGCAAAGUCUCUGGAAGGAGACACAGAAAUUCCCAUGGGCGAGUUCUUCAAGGGAUAUCGAUCUACAGCCUUGGCACCCAAUGCUGUCGUGGCGUUGGUGCGAAUUCCCGUGGGCCAGGAAUCUGGGGAAUAUCUCCGUGCAUACAAGCAAUCAAAGAGGAAGGAUGAUGAUAUUGCCAUUGUUAAUGCUACUUUACGGGUGUCACUUUCAGAUUCUAAAACCGUGACAAGCGCGAAUCUAGUAUAUGGCGGGAUGGCCCCGACAACAGCCCCUGCUAAGCAGACUCAGGCUUAUCUCCUGGGAAAAGACUGGACUGAUCUAGCCACCCUCGAGGGUGCAAUGGAUGCUUUGGAAAGGGAUUUCAUUCUUCCAUCAUCAGUUCCAGGAGGGAUGCCAACUUAUCGCAAAACUCUUGCACUCGGGUUUUUUUACCGCUUCUAUCAUGAUGUCCUCUCCAAUCUCAAAGGGGCUGCUGUUGACGAGGAAGUAAUUCCGGAAAUCGAAAGAGAGAUAUCUUCAGGCCGGAAGGACCAUGCGGCUGCUGAGGCAUAUGAAAAGAAAAUUCUUGGAAAGGAGGUUCCACAUGUCUCUGCUUUGAAGCAAACUACUGGCCUGGCACAGUACACGGACGACAUACCUCCACAACACAAUGAACUAUAUGGAUGUCUUGUCCUUUCCACCAAGGCUCGGGCAAAAUUAAUCAGGGUCGAUUUCCAACCUGCUUUAAAUAUACCUGGUGUUGUCGAAUACGUCGAUCACACGUGUCUACCGAACCCAGAAGUCAAUUGGUGGGGCCAUAGAUCUGACGAACAAUUUCUCGCAGUUGAUGAAGUUUUCACGGCAGGUCAGCCCAUUGGUAUGGUUCUAGCUUGUUCCGCCAGAAUUGCCGAAGCUGGCUCGCGAGCUGUCAGGAUUGAGUACGAAGAGUUACCUGCCGUUCUAACCAUUGAGGAAGCGAUCGAAGCAAAGUCCUUCUUCGACCAUCAUAAGCCGUAUAUUCAGAAUGGGGAUCCAGAGGCAGCGUUCGCCGCAGCAGAUCAUGUUUUCACUGGGGUUUCGAGAAUAGGUGGACAAGAACAUUUCUAUCUGGAAACUCAGGCGUGCGUGGCUAUCCCUAAGCCAGAGGAUGGUGAGAUGGAGAUUUGGAGUAGUACACAGAAUCCUAAGGAGACGCAAGAGUAUGUUGCCAAAGUCACUGGCGUUGCAUCAAACAAGAUUGUAUCGAGAGUGAAACGACUGGGUGGUGGGUUCGGAGGGAAAGAAUUCAGAUCAAUCCAAUUAGCUGCUAUUUGUGCCGUGGCUGCCUCAAAAACUAAGCGUCCUGUCCGUUGCAUGUUAAAUCGUGAUGAGGAUAUUGUCACAUCGGGCCAGCGACACCCGUUCCUCUGCCACUGGAAAGUAGGCGUGUCGAAAGAAGGCAAAUUAUUGGCGCUGGACGCUGAUGUUUAUGCCAAUGCAGGCCACACGCUGGACCUUUCUGCUGCAGUUGUUGAUCGAUGCCUAUCACAUAUUGAUGGUGUCUACAGAAUUCCAAAUGUUCAUGUUCGUGGACAUGUGUGCCGUACAAAUACGGUGUCUAAUACUGCAUUCCGGGGUUUUGGUGGCCCUCAGGGGCUGUUUUUUGCGGAGACCUAUAUGUCAGAGAUUGCAGACCAUUUAAACAUCCCGGUAGAAAAGCUUCAAGAGAUGAAUAUGUACAAGCGUAGUGACAAAACGCAUUUCAAUCAGGAACUUGAUAACGAUUGGUAUGUACCACACAUGUAUCAACAGGUCAUGGUCGAGGCCGACUAUGAUUCGCGGCGCGCUGCAAUCACGGAAUAUAACCGGACACACAAAUGGUCCAAAAGAGGACUUGCAAUCGUGCCAACCAAAUUCGGUAUCUCUUUCACAGCUGCCUUCCUGAACCAAGCUGGUGCUCUGGUGCAUCUGUACAAUGACGGAAGUGUCCUCGUUGCACAUGGAGGUACCGAGAUGGGUCAAGGCCUCCACACCAAAAUCACCAUGAUUGCCGCAGAAGCACUUGGAGUCCCUCAAUCCGACGUCCACAUCUCUGAAACGGCUACCAAUGCCGUGGCCAACACUUCCCCUACAGCAGCCUCCGCAAGCUCUGACCUCAACGGCUAUGCUGUCUUCAACGCUUGUGAACAGCUCAACCAGCGCCUCCAGCCUUACAGAGAGAAAAUACCCAACGCAACUAUGAAACAGCUUGUGAAUGCAGCAUACCUUGACCGUGUAAACCUGUCUGCCAAUGGGUUCUACAAGACUCCUGAAAUAGCGUACAAGUGGGGCGAGAACAAGGGCCUAAUGUUCUACUACUUCACCCAGGGCGUGACCGCUGCGGAGGUUCACAUUGACACGUUGACAGGUGACUGGACACCUCUUCGAGCAGAUAUCAAAAUGGACGUGGGACGGAGUAUAAAUCCUGCUAUCGACUACGGACAGAUCGAGGGCGCUUUUAUCCAGGGUCAGGGCCUAUUCACGACCGAAGAAAGCCUCUGGCACCGUGCUUCUGGCCAGCUUUUCACCCGUGGGCCCGGCACGUAUAAAAUCCCCGGCUUCAGAGAUAUCCCUCAAGUAUUCAACGUGAGUUUGCUUAAGGAUGUGCAGUGGGAGAAUCUGCGGACGAUUCAGCGAUCCCGGGGUGUAGGCGAGCCGCCCUUGUUCAUGGGCAGUGCUGUCUUCUUUGCGAUUCGCGAUGCGUUGAAGGCAGCACGGAAGCAGUGGGGGGUUGAGCAUGUGUUGAGCUUGGUUAGCCCGGCGACACCGGAGCGCAUUCGGAUUAGCUGCUGCGAUCCGAUUGUGGAGAGGAGUCGGGUGGAGGAUAAGGGGGAUGGGUUUUUUGUUGCUAUUUAG